ACCAGACCAAACACACAGCCAUAAAGUAUUUGCAUUGCUGUAAACAAAACUGAAAUAUUUCAUAUUUGUGAAAGUUUUUGGAACAUUUUUGCAAUUUUCUCAUCCAGAUUAUGCAACCACACCACAGCUCUGCAUACUUCCACGCUUUGAAUUUGAAAAAAUUUCUCCUGUUAUGUCCUUGUUAUGUGGGAAUUAUUACAUACAAAUGUCUGAUUCAUACAUUUCUUUGAGUAAUGCCUCCUCCUCACAUAUUUCUUUCCCAUUUAAUAAACAAACAGAGGGUCAUAUACUUGUUCAGGCCAGCCUACAGUAACCCCCAUCGGUUUAUAACAAUGUUCCACAUGGUCAAGUGAAACAUUGACUGAUGAGUCAUGAUGCUCUUGUAGUUUACAGUCAAUGAUCACUUUAGAGCAUUAAUUGUGACUAUGCGAAAACUGGCACUCAAACCUGAAGCUGGAAACUGCGGUUUCUGUUACUCAUUUCAUUUUUGGUGCAGCAUCGCAGUGACAAAAGCCAUCGACAGCACAAAGGUUACGGCUAAAAAGUAGAUCCUGAAAUAAUUACGUUUUUUAACUUCAAUUCAUCUAACUAAAGUUCACUUGAGCAUAAGUAGCUAAGUGGUAUCCGAACGGUGAGAGAGGAAGGUCUAAAAAUUCCCAGAAAUAGCUAAAUACAGCGGUUGACAGAGAGCCAAGAGGAAGAUACAAAGAAAAGAUACAAAGGAAAAAUUAAUUGAAUGAUAAUAAAUGUAGAAGGGGUUAAUAUUACAGCUUGUGUUACAGUCAUCACAUGCUGAGCACAUAAUGUACGUAUGUGCUUCGGGCUACUGAGGCAGCAGAACUGCAGGCUUUAUAUUUACUGGAACAAUGUUAGUACUACACACUGCCUCAUGUCUUUACUGACCACAGGCACUCAUCACUAUAAGAAAAAAUAAAGGUUGCACCGAUGCACAGAUGAUGCGGCUAAAAAAGGUGAAGCAGAUGAAAACCACAGGGUCACUUAAUGAGCCAACCGCUGUAUAAAAGGGUCGACUUGUCACCCCAAAGACAACAGGCUGAGUCUGCUACCGGCAUGAUGCAUGCUUUGCACAAGUUUCUGCUUUUUUAUCUUCUGACAUGUCUUGGACUUAACACACAUGGGGGUGAAAUCAUAAAUGGUAAAAAGACCAAGGAGAACUUAAUGCUGUAUAUGGCCUCGGUGCAGAACAACGAGGGUCAUGUAUGUGGAGGAUUCCUCAUCAGUGAAGACUUUGUGGUCACUGCUGCACACUGUGGCAACUGGAAUCCUACAAGUGUUGUUCUUGGCACCCACAAUCUCAAGAAGGUUGAUAACGAUACAAUGAGAUACAGCGUAAAGAGAUGCAAGCAUCCAUCUUUUGACAAUGUACGAACUGGUAAUGACAUCAUGCUCCUCAAACUGUCUAAGAAAGCUCGACUGGACAAAAGAGUACAACCGAUUCAACUUCCAAAGAAUGAAGUUAAAAUAAAAUAUAAAACAUGCCGUGUAGCUGGUUGGGGUUUCACAAGAACUGGUGGUAAAGUUGUUGAUGUUCUGCAAGACGUGGACGUGCCUUUUGUUAACCUGAAGGUCUGUGAAAAAGUAUGGGCUAAAAUUUCAUUUAAUCUUCCUGCCAAUAUUAUCUGUGCAGGUGGAUAUGGAACAAAGAAAGGAUUCUGUCAGGGUGAUUCUGGCGGUCCUCUGGUGUGCGGCAGGACGGCAGUUGGUGUCGUGUCUUUCAACAAGAAGAAAAACUGUGACUACCCAAAUGUUCCCAACGUCUAUACAGACAUAUCAAAAUACCUGCCCUGGAUCAACAAGAUUCUCAAGGAAAAGAAUUGUUAAAUGUAACAAUUCAGCAUACUUUUCUUGUUUUAUAUUGUACUGGCUCCUCAGCUCUGUAACAGCCUUCCACUCUCCAUCAGGUCGGCCGACACUGUCGCUGCCUUUAAACCUCGUCUUAAAACUCACUUUUACAGGAUGUCCCUUUGACAUACUUUCUUUCUCAUUUCUUUGGAAAUUGCUUUGUGGUUUUUACUUGAAAAGAGCUCUAUAAGUAAAACUAUUAUGAUUAUUAUAGAGGUAUUGCUGUGUUUAUGUUGCUCUGUCAGUGUUUGUCCUUUAUCUGAAAUGCAAAAUAAAACAGAUAUACAAUUCUGUACUAUAUUUCUUGUGGUUACAUUCUUCAUCAGAAGACAGAAAUGGUAUAU